ACCAGAAAUCACCACCAGUGCUGCCUGAGACUCCUCUCUCCUGACUUCAAAAGUACAGUGACAUCUAACAUGUAAGCAGCCUCAAUCACGUCUGCUUUCCAUAUUAGAAUCGAUUGAUUUGGGUUUUUUCCCUCUGGGAAAUGGAGUUGGGAAAACAUGGAAGAAAAGGAAGAGCAGCCUUAGAGGAAAAGCAAAUGGUCACGUCUCAAGAAUCUGAAGCCAAACCACUGAGGUUCACAUUUGUGCCAUCCAUUGGACAACUUCCCACUCAUUUUGAGGUUGUAGAUGUCUGUAAAUUCCUUGUGACAAUUCCAGAGGAGCCAAAAGAUCUGAGCAAUCAAGAAAUUAUAAAUAAGGCUAAGGUAGCCUCUGAUGAGCUGUCCUUAAACAGUGGAGUCCAGCAAGACUGUGUGCCUGCCAUCUCUCCAAACAGCACCCAAACUGUUCUCCAGUCCCUGGUAUCUUACUCAAGCAGAGGAGAAAUGCAGGAGAAUGAUCUUUUUAAGGCUGAGUUUAUCCUGAUUACGGACUCCGGCGACGAGGAUGAAGCAGGCGCUGCCUCUAUCAAUGCCCAGAGGUCCUCCAAUGGCUAUGGGCCCAUCAGUGCCCAGCUGCUGGCUACGUCCCAUGUCUCUCCUGGCAUGGAGUCAAGGAAGCCUCCCAGCGAUGGGCAUCUUCCAAGUGCUACACUUUCCCACAGCACUGCUGAUCAGCAAAACCAGCAGUUAAUUUCUACUCUUUCCACCUCUGAUCAUCUUUCCUCUAAAUCACCUGCUGUCCACUUAAUUUCUCCAACUAAUCUGAAAGUAGCGUGUGGUGCCAUGGUUAACCUGAAUCAAGCCUCUUCGCUGGAAGACUCCCGUAACAACUGGCAGUCAGCAACUGAGUCUUCUAAGCAAGAUUCGUCUCUCUACUUUCAGUCUGCUUUCCACAGUUCAGCCCCCUCCAUGUCUAAAAUAUCCUGCUCUUCGUCAAAUUGUUGUUACUCCAGCCCUCAACUGUAUGAUAACAUACAAACACCAAAUGGCCAUAUCCCUGGCUGUGUCUGCAAGAUGGGAAACUUCAUUAGAUCUUCUGUUCCAGGAAAGAGUCUGUGUAUUUCCCCCAGUCCUCCACAUUCAGCUGAAAUUCAAGUAUCAUCAGGCCAGCCUUCAUUUUCCUGUUCUUCCAAAAGACUGGAUGCUUUGUCUCCUCUCCCUGUUCAUAUAAUCACACAUGCAUUAUCUCCUAGCCCUAAACCUUUGUCUCCACCCUCUCUUUAUGGCUCAUCUUCGACUAUAGGUAGUAUAAAUGAGCCUUGUACACAAACAUCAUCUAAAGGAAAUUUAACAAGGUCAGGUAUUAGAUCCCCUCUGCCGACCAGACUAACUCUCUUGACUGCCAUUUUGAGAUCAGGCUCUUCUCAGCGGAGACCUCUUUCUCCUGCUUCUUGCCCCACAUUUUCUCCUUCCUCCCUUUGUUCCUCAACACUUGCAAUAGAUCAAAAGUUCAAAACAACUCCCCCAACCCCCAGAAAAUCUGUUUCAAGCCCUCCUAUUAGACCAGAUUCUCCCAGCAAAGAGGGAUAUUGGCCUUCAGGAUGGGCUCAGAACAUGUCUUUACACUCCAAGCCUCGUCCUGCUCCUCGAGCAAAGUCUCUUUCUCCUAAAAAGCACCUUCCAGGCCAAACACUCUCUCCAGACUCCCGAAGUCCCCUCUCAUCCCCCAUCCCUUCCCACAGAAAAUCAGCUGCCUCCACAGGCUGGCAUGCUGCAGUGCCUGCUCCAGCAGUGCCACCAUGUGCCCCAGCAUACCAUUCCCUUGCACACCCAGCCUCUCCUCCCCCCGAAGGCCUAUGUUAUCCUGCCUCCAGGUCCCAGGCACCUCAGAAAUCUCAGAGGGUGCACACUUACUCACCCAUAUUUACCUGUCAGUCAUUUCGUUUGCUUUCUUCUACCGGAAAUGGUGGCAAAGACUUCCCCACCACAGAAAAGCAGUCAUGUCUCUCCCCAGGUCUUUCGAAUUCAGCUUCUACAUUGAAUUCAGAUUCAUACCAAAAGUAUACUCAGGAGCUGAGUGCUUCCUCUCCUGCCCCUUCAAAUCUCUCAAAUCAGUGGUCUCUCUCACAUCCUGAUUCUACUUCACCCUUUCACCAAACUUAUAUUAAUUCACACCCACCACAGCUUCACUCUUCAUUGAUGCACAGAAACUAUAGGUCUAACUCCCUCUCUCCAAGACCUCAGCAAUCUGCCACCUCACCAUUAUUAAAGUGUAGAUCUCCUGUCUCAGACAAGUCACCAUGCACACUGCCAUCAAGACCCCAAGAGCUGACUUCACCACAAUCUUUUUCCCCGCCUCCUGACCAUGAAAACAUCAAACCCAAGCAAUACAAGAUCAAGACAAGCUACAAGGCAUUUGCAGCAAUCCCUACAAACACAUUACUUAUGGAACAGAAGGCAUUAGAAGAGCCGACGAAGGCUGCUGAUGUGACUGAAGGCACUACUUUGGACCAUUCAGAGAUGUGCUCCCCUGCCCAACUCAGACAACAAACAGAAGAGCUGUGUGCUGUCAUUGAUCAAGUCCUGCAGGACCCAUUGACAAUGCGCCGAUGUGAAUCUUCUCCAAGUUUCCUGCAGAUGAACACAGAGUCAGAUGUUGGCAAGGUAUCGACAACAUUGCAGAGAGCAGCUGGACGUGAAACCAGAUAUGCCAAUCUUUACAAAUCGACACCUGUGGUAGCAGAGAGUCAGAUGACAAAACCUGGUGUCAUUCGUCCUGUGCUAGUGAAAGGGAAGAGUGCACAGCAAAAGGAGGAGCUCUAUCAACCCAACCCUUUUAAAAAGUACCUAGAAGAGAUCAGUGAUGGAGAUAUUGAGCAGGUGUCAAUUGCUUUGUUGAUCCUCUUUCUCUCAGCUACAACUGAGUCAUUUACUCCGUUAAGGGAAAGGAGAUUUCUUUUCUGUCCAUCAGAUCAGUCACAGAAGUUCAGAAGCAUGUAGAGGCACAAUUAAUGUCACCGAUGAAAAAGGUUCUGUUUAGCUGUAAUGCCUCAAAUUAGGAUCGAGAGAUCAAACCACAGAGUACUUUUGGGCCUUUUUCUCUGCUGAGAAGGAAUUUACAAUACACGUGUUAUCUAAAGCACCAUUUAAAAAAAAAAUGCUUCCAGUAUGCUAAUUGCUAAUAUUAUUUCAAAAGAUAAUUCUAUGUACUAGCAUAAUUAACCCCUGAGGUACACAUACGAAUGUGCCAUAUUUAUAUACCACUUAUUGAAGUGCUUGCCAGUUUAAAAGAUGCCUAAAAUAACACAGCAUAUUUUAUUUAGAAAUAAUAUAAAUGUCAAAAUUCAAUAAAGGUGUAUUUUUGUUGCAAA